AUGGAUCUGUCACGGGGGAAAGUCAUAAUCGAAAAAGAUAUCAACGAACACACCAUAGACGAAAACGUAUUUUUCUUCGAGCCAAAGAAGGAAGACGUGUACGACGAAAACACAAACCUGAGGUACAUCUUCCACAACACAUUUAUAAGCACAGAUGAAGAAAUUGCAAUAAGUGAAUUCAAAAAGUAUUGUAAAAAUAAAUCGUUAAAAAUAAAUAAAGCAUUUUUCGAAAAUGAAUGUUUGCGUUACCUGUACUCAGCGCAAUUUGAUUUUGCAAAAGCGUUAGACUUGAUCAAGAGCAACUAUGAAUUCAGACUGUCCAACAUUUUACCCAUAAAAGAAAAAGACGUCAUAAAUUACAUUAACAAAGGAGUGAUAUACUGGCAUGGAAGAGAUAAAAAAUGUAGACCCAUUCUGAUAAUAAAUUUAUUGAAUGUCGAAUCGUUAGAUGUAGAAAGAUUAACAAAUUUGUUUUUUUUCUGUUUUGAAUUCUUUUUAAAAUAUUUAUGUAUACCUGGGAAGAUAGAGAAUUAUAUAUCCCUUGUUGACUGCUCUGGGAUCUCUUUAUCUAAAUUUCCCAUGUCUACAUUUAUGAAGUUGUUGGAAAUUAUGAAUUCAAAAUAUCGAUGCAGAUUAUUUCGGAUGUACAUAAUUGAUGCUCCGAAAAUUUUCAAAACUUUUGGGAAGUCGUUUUUAAAUUUCGCUCCAUCCUACAUGACGAAGAAGCUAAAAAUUUUGGACACCAAUUAUGCGUCUUAUUUGAGGGAGGAAAUUUUCGAAACCCAACUGGAGAGGAGGUACGGGGGAGUGCGGGAGAUACGGGAUAACGUCUUUUACCCUUUCGCCUUUUACCCCAACUGUUGUUGCGCUGGGGGAGCAUCUGAAUCGGCGUUGCAGGUAGUAGAGGUUGACUCUGCCAGGGAUGGCGUAAAGAAUCCCCCCGUCGGAUGUGCUUUCCUACAAAUGAGCGACAAAGCGCGAGACUUCCUAAUGUCAGGCUAUUCAAUGCACCUCAAAUUGGUGGACCGAACACACAAGGAAUCGAUGAGAAAUCAUUAUGCCCACCCUGCGCCGGGAGAGGGCCACAGCAGGAGUAGAGUUAAAUGGAGCAGCAGCAACAAUAGCACUAUGAAACACCUGGUCAGUCAUGGCAAUAACAGCACCACUAGUAGGAGGAAAAAAAAAAAAAAAAAUUUAUCCCAAAAGGAUCAGUUAUUAGAAAACUGUUUCAUCGAUGCGGUGAUAAAUGAAGUGUAUCAAAUCGAAAGUAACCACAUUUUAAAAAACAAUAAAUUUGUGAAUGCAAAAGGUAGCUAUGUCGUUAGUGUAGGGAGCACCCACUAUUGGCUCUUCAAACUGAAGCACCUAUUUCUGCCCGAGAUAACCAUCAAUUAUUUAACCAGCAGAUUUCCCUUCAUUGUAAAUUACCUCAUCGUGAAGUCUAAUUUUAAGUCUAUGCAGCAUUAUGCGAAGUAUAUAGAGAGUUGUGCCUGUUUGGAGGGAGAUGAUUCUGUUCAGGGUAAACAUGGUAGUGGAAGACAUGAUCGAGAUGGAAGAGGAACCAGCAGUGGUCAUCCGUAUGACGGCAAACUUUUCCUUUCCCUUAGCUCAACUGCCAAUACGGCUGUCAGUACGAAUGCAAAUGCGCCUGCAAAUAGCUUUGCACAUUUUACGAAUGACCCGGAGGAGCAAAAAUUUCACACAUUAAAUAGUGUAAAGUCGGUGAAUAGACAUGUGGACAUAACUCACGUGAAGGAAGGAAAAAACAGAGUGACUGCUCCCCACGCGCAAAACUCAAGGAGGAGUAGGAAAAAGGGAGAAGGGGGCACGACGCAGAAUGGAGUUACCGAGUUCGGUGCGUACAGAGGAAGUUCUGGCUGCGGUGUUGGAGGCAGUAAGGGAGAUGACUGCACGAAGAGGACGGGAGGAACCAAUCAGAUCCCCUCCAAAGAUGCGAAGAAAAACUUUUACGCCAAUUCGGAAGCCAUCUUUGAAGAUAAUAAUGGCAAUAAAUCCGCUAAGGAUAAGAGUGACCACCUGCAAAAUAAGCAGUCCAGUACGUCCAGGCGAAAGUGGAAGGAAAAAAAUCAAAAGUGCUACAAAAUUAAGGCAACGAAUAAUUUGUUCAAAGAUGAAUUGGUAAAUAAUACUCAGAAGAUCGAGUGUGUAGAGAAGACCUUAUUGAAUAGAAUGGUGGGGGUGGGAGAUUUUUCCCCAUGUUAUGAUUUCAACGUUGGUACGGAUUAUUCGGGCAAGGCAACAGCUAGUGCACAACCUGAGUGUGAGAACAGCGCCAUGAGCAUAACACACGCUACCUGUGCAGCCACCUCGACCAAAACGGCUAACUCGAUCAAAACGAUGAACUCUAUGAACACUUUAAAAACGCUCAACUCGAUGAACAGCGUAAACACCGAAAAUAAAUUACACAAAAAGUCAUCCGCAAAUAGCAUGAAGUCAGUUAUACCCCAGAGGCUAGACUACGCCAGUUCGAAAAUCCACAGGCAGUCUACCACCGUGAAUACAUCCUACAGUACCAAGCAGUCCAAAGAUUCCUUUAGUAAAUUAGAAACAGGGGAACAUUUAGAGCAAGCACCACGAAAUGAUCCUCCAGGGGAUGCGCCACGUAGGAGUAACGCCAAUCCGGUCAGAAAAAAGCAUUCAUCACCAACCGCUGACGUAACGCACAUUUCAAACGAUGGACCGCUAACUGAGGAAAAGAACCCAAAUUUCAACUUCCCUGAAGCAGAAUCGGAUUGUACUAAACAGACAAAGGGUAAUGCGUCCGAGAGGAGUAAGCGAAGGCUCAACAAAAUUAAAAUUAUUGGCUUGCAGUUUUUUAACAAAACGAGUUCCAAAAUGUAG